AUGAUGAUGAAGCGGGAGCAGGCGGCGCUUGAAAAGUAUAAUGUACUUACCAACGUCGGAACGGUCGACCCCGCCACCGCUGAAGGUCGCAGAAAGCUUAGUUUGACGGCGAGGUUGUGCUGUCAAGGCGAACCCAAGCCCAACGGCGAAGAGCGGUACCGGAUCACCAUCGAACCAGGAACUCAGCCUCGACUGACGAUAGACAACACUCCGUUCCCCUUGUUUGACAGAAACAUGAUGCGGUUUGUCCUCAGCUACGCGGUCGACCACCAGUUUCACAUCCACCAUUUGGAGAUUGAGGACGGGUUGAAACACCCUGAUAUUGACGCUGAAUUGUAUGUUUACUAUAGCGACUAUGCUUACUAUAACGACUUUAUUAGCCCUUUGCGCCCUGAGGUGGUGGAAACUGGGCCGGUAGCUCUUGUCAGAGUCAAUAAAGCCAUCUUUGGCUUGGCUCAGUCCGAACGCCUCUGGUACGAGUAUUUCGCCAGAUACCUUGACAAAAUUGGUCUUGAAACAACUGACGCCGCUACGGGAGUGUUUAUCUAUUACAGCCAGGGUGCUACCAAGUUGAUUGUGGGCAUUCACGGCACUCAGCUAUUUGUAGCUGCUAAAGACAGUGCCAGCUAUACUUGGUUUGUCGACCAAUUGAAGAAGCAGGGCUUUGACGUGGGCGAGUACGGACGCCCGAAACAGUUUAUGAGCAUUGAUUUCACCUACCCUAGCGAUGGCGUCAUCCAUCUUAGUGACCGCACGCGAGUGUCUAAUUUCAUUGGCGAGUUCGGCGUCGAUCCCUCGGUGGGAUCUCGGCUUGAGGCUCCCCUACCGGCCAAUUUCAACUGGUCCCGCUUCGAUGAUAAGCGCAAAUUGUGUGAGAAUAUGACUGCCGACGAGAUUGCUAAGGGUAAGAAGUGGAUGACAGAGAGGCUCGGCGCGUUGGCCGAGCUCGCCAAAAGCAGUCGCCACGACAUCGACGAAGUGGUGACGAAAUUAUCGUUAUUCAAGGACUACCCGCAUCUCCUUCUCCAGCGGAUGGUGCAGCGGGUGAUGCUCUACGUGGCGCAAACACCGGACUACGGCAUCGAUUUCAAGCCGAUAAACCGACGGCUGAAGUGGCUGCGUACGUUAAAUGCUAAAGUGGGCACGUUUGACGUCGCCGGCGUGGUGAUGGCCUCGGUGUACUCGGCGGGGAAGAUGUGGUGGAUGUGUGAACCAAUCGACGAAACCCAACCCGAGAUCGACACCCACGUCGCCAUACUUAUGGCCGCCAUGUCGUGGAUGAUGCGAUCUGCGGUGGUGUUGAAAUUCUUCGACACUGGCGAUGUCAACGCUACCCCUUCCAGCGACGGCCGGGUGAGGCUUACCAGCGGCGAUUUGAUUAAGAGUAUCAGUUUUGACGACUUUACCCUGUCGGACCCCAAGUGUGUGGAAAGAUUUAAUUUGAUUGUGAGGUCGUUCAAGGGGCUCCAAUGGAUCCUUCGUGACAUCGGUGAAUGA